AUGAAAAAAAAAUUGUUGUAUAUUUUUAAUGCUUAAUAGAAUUUGACUUUAAAUUUAAAUUAGAUAAGAAAAAAACAAUGGUAAUAAUAAAUUCUAUAACAAAAUGUCUUAAGAUAACAUAUUAGUAAUCAAUUAAUACGAAAUCAAUAUGAAUUACUUGAUAGGUUCAGGUUAAUUUGGGACAGUUUUUAUUUGUUAAGAUAAAUAAAACACAUAAUUACAAUUAUGUGCAAAAGUAAUUAUAAUUUAGAUUAGAGAUAGUUGAAAAUUAUUCAAAAGACCCUAAGAUGGAAAGAGAAAUAGGUCUAAUGUAGUUAAUUAAGCAGAAAGGAAACAAUAAUAAAAAUAUUGUAAGAGUUUAUCAUGUAGAAAUUGAAAAAUAAAGAAUUAUUUUAAUUUUAGAAAGAUGUGAAUGCGAUUUGCAGGCAUAAUUCAAUUAAAAAAAAAAAAAGGAAAAUAAAUAUUACACCCCUAAUGAAGUUAUUAAUAUUUUGAAGUAAAUUACAAACGGUUAUAAAUUUCUUUAUGAUAAUAAUAUUAUUCAUAGAGAUAUUAAACCUUAAAACAUUUUAUAUUUAAAUGGAGUAUAUAAAGUAUUUAUAGUUAUUAAAUUAGAUUGCUGACUUCGGAUUAGCCAGAGUCUAUUAGGAAAAUGACGACCUUACAAAAGCUGGUACUCUAAAAUAUAUAUCACCUUAAUUAAUAUUAGGCCAAUAAAAAUUUACAAAUUCUGCAGACAUUUUUUCUGUAUUUUCAAAUAUUAUGAAAAGCUUGGGAUUGUUUGUUAUGAACUAAUUUUUGGAUGCCUACCUUACAAAAUUAGUAAUUAUUAGUAAUUGUUUUUACAAUUAGGAAGAUUAGAAUUUAACCCAGUUAAAAUUGAUAGAUCUAUCUCUGGGGUAAAUAUUAAUUUAAUUCUUAAGAUGACUGAAGAAAUUGCAAUUUUAAUUGAAAAUAUGUUGAAAUAUAAUGAGAAUAAAAGAAUUAGUUGGAUAGAUUUAUUUGCUCAUCCUUUAUUAAAUGAUCAUAAAUUCACUCCAAUCUAAUAAAUCAUUAAACCACAAAUUAUGCCAGCGAAGAUUUAAACUAUUCCUUAAAAUAUUGUUCCAAUGAUUUAAUAAAUCUCUAAUUAAUCAGAUCAAUUUUACUAAAUUGCAGCCUUUAUGAAUAAUGUUUUAGAUUCUCUAGAUAAGCAUUUGUAUAUUUAUUAAGUUAUCUUAGAAAUCAAUAAAAAUAAAUACAUGCUGAUAUGAUUAAAAUAAAAUUAUAGUUAUAUUAUCUUUCCUCUUGUUUUUAUGAACAUAGUAAAGCAAUUAAAAGUAAAGAAUAAGCUUUUCAAAAAUAAAUGUAUACUUUAGCAAAUGUUGAAACUGCCAUAAUAAAUUUAAAUAAAGCAAAAUAAUUACUUAAAGAUCAAAUUAACAAUUAUGGUUUAUCAGCAAACUUUCCACUUAAAGAAACUGUGGCUGAUUAUAAUAACUAUUUUACUUAAUUAAAUAGUUUAUUAACAACCUAAUUUUUAUUUCCAUACACAAAUAAAUGUAAUUACUAUUUAGAAUAUUUACAGUAUCUUAUUUAUAUUUAUGUAUCAAGGUUGCUUUUUUCUUUGUUAAAAUUAAGAGAAUUAAAAGAUUUAAGUGACAUAUCUUUAGUAUGUAAAUUAAUUAUAGAUACAAAAAACUAAUUACAAUAAGANAAAUAAAGAAUUAUUUUAAUUUUAGAAAGAUGUGAAUGCGAUUUGCAGGCAUAAUUCAAUUAAAAAAAAAAAAAGGAAAAUAAAUAUUACACCCCUAAUGAAGUUAUUAAUAUUUUGAAGUAAAUUACAAACGGUUAUAAAUUUCUUUAUGAUAAUAAUAUUAUUCAUAGAGAUAUUAAACCUUAAAACAUUUUAUAUUUAAAUGGAGUAUAUAAAGUAUUUAUAGUUAUUAAAUUAGAUUGCUGACUUCGGAUUAGCCAGAGUCUAUUAGGAAAAUGACGACCUUACAAAAGCUGGUACUCUAAAAUAUAUAUCACCUUAAUUAAUAUUAGGCCAAUAAAAAUUUACAAAUUCUGCAGACAUUUUUUCUGUAUUUUCAAAUAUUAUGAAAAGCUUGGGAUUGUUUGUUAUGAACUAAUUUUUGGAUGCCUACCUUACAAAAUUAGUAAUUAUUAGUAAUUGUUUUUACAAUUAGGAAGAUUAGAAUUUAACCCAGUUAAAAUUGAUAGAUCUAUCUCUGGGGUAAAUAUUAAUUUAAUUCUUAAGAUGACUGAAGAAAUUGCAAUUUUAAUUGAAAAUAUGUUGAAAUAUCAUGAGAAUAAAAGAAUUAGUUGGAUAGAUUUAUUUGCUCAUCCUUUAUUAAAUGAUCAUAAAUUCACUCCAAUCUAAUAAAUCAUUAAACCACAAAUUAUGCCAGCGAAGAUUUAAACUAUUCCUUAAAAUAUUGUUCCAAUGAUUUAAUAAAUCUCUAAUUAAUCAGAUCAAUUUUACUAAAUUGCAGCCUUUAUGAAUAAUGUUUUAGAUUCUCUAGAUAAGCAUUUGUAUAUUUAUUAAGUUAUCUUAGAAAUCAAUAAAAAUAAAUACAUGCUGAUAUGAUUAAAAUAAAAUUAUAGUUAUAUUAUCUUUCCUCUUGUUUUUAUGAACAUAGUAAAGCAAUUAAAAGUAAAGAAUAAGCUUUUCAAAAAUAAAUGUAUACUUUAGCAAAUGUUGAAACUGCCAUAAUAAAUUUAAAUAAAGCAAAAUAAUUACUUAAAGAUCAAAUUAACAAUUAUGGUUUAUCAGCAAACUUUCCACUUAAAGAAACUGUGGCUGAUUAUAAUAACUAUUUUACUUAAUUAAAUAGUUUAUUAACAACCUAAUUUUUAUUUCCAUACACAAAUAAAUGUAAUUACUAUUUAGAAUAUUUACAGUAUCUUAUUUAUAUUUAUGUAUCAAGGUUGCUUUUUUCUUUGUUAAAAUUAAGAGAAUUAAAAGAUUUAAGUGACAUAUCUUUAGUAUGUAAAUUAAUUAUAGAUACAAAAAACUAAUUACAAUAAGAAGCUGUGAUUAGAAAAACCUUGGAUUAAAAAAUGAAUAAAUGA